GAAGCGCUGGGGACAAAAGCAACAACUUAUUUCACAUUUUGUCGUGACUGUAAUAGUCCCACCCUUCGUUACACUACUCGUUACAUGGGGAUUUAAGGCAUUAUGCGGCCGUGACACAUGGCGCGGAUCCAGCCUUUAAAUCUGUGGGACUUUUGUUCCAGCUGAGCGGAGGGAUGGAGAUGCGGAGGGCGCAGCAUCAGCAGCACCGCGGUCAGAGCGCAGCAGCUUCUCCACAGCAUCACCACGGCACAACAAGACCGACACAGACACAGUCGACCUAAAUUAAUUUAGUAGCGCAAUUAUCCCAAAAACUCCCCUGGGUGUUCGGCAGUCGGAAAAAGGAAAUUAAUGAAGAAGGAGGGCGAAGUAAAUUGCGCGACUCCGAUGUGACAGAUGUUGGAAAAGUCUGGUUGAAUAUAGACGAGGAAGAGGAAGAGGAGGAGGAGGCAAAGUGUCCUGAACAGAGAUGAACAUGUUUUUCUGUUGGAGACAGACGAUGAGUGUUAGAGAUGUGGAAGAUUUGUUGCGAUGGUUCCUUCACUGAACGCUUCAGCUGGCCACUCUAAAGGGCAUGUUACUGACAGGACCACAUUUCUGCAGAGGACUUAACUUAAGUCUGACUCCAACGUGAUUGCCACUGGUUAUGAAAAUCUGCGUACCCAGACUGAAACGGCAGGGGGUAAGAUGUUCGUGGAGUCAGUCGUGCGAUGGGGGGCGUGGAGCAUCCUGCUACAGUUUGGACUGGGUGUAUCUGCAGGAGGCUGUCCUCCACGCUGUGUAUGUCGACCUGAGUCUAAAGAAGUGAUCUGCUCUGGCAAACAUUUCAACUCAGUGCCAGAGAGCUUUUCCAGUGAUGCCAGGCGUUUGGAUUUAUCCCACAAUAAGAUUAAAACUGUGGGGCGCCGCCAGUUCUCUGGCCUUCCUCAACUUCAAGAGUUGGACCUCAGUGAUAAUAUAAUCUCCAUGAUUGAGGUGGAGGCUUUCCAGGGCCUACAGAAUCUCAGGACGCUUCGGAUUAAGAAUAACCGACUCAAGAUCAUCCCAGUUGGGGUGUUCUCUGGCUUGUCCAGCCUACGCUUUCUGGAUUUGAGCCAGAAUGAGAUUCUGGUCUUUCUGGACUACACCUUCAAAGAAAUGGUGAACUUGCAAACACUGGAAGCUGGGGAGAAUGACUUAGUGUUCAUCUCGCAGCGGGCUUUCUUUGGUUUGCAGAAUCUGCAGAAGCUCAAUUUAGAUCGCAGUAAUCUGACCUCCAUUCCAACUGAGGCAUUGUCCCAGCUCCAGAGCCUGACACAUCUUCAAAUGCUGCGCCUCACCAUUUCUACACUUCCCAACAACGCUUUCCGACGCCUCCACCGUCUGUGCAGCCUCACGAUUGAAAACUGGCCUGCACUGGACACUAUGGCUAGCAACAGCCUGAUUGGUCUCAAUUUGACCUCGCUUGUCAUCAGCAAAUGCAAUCUAAGUGCUGUUCCUUACUCAGCACUUCGUCACCUGGUCUAUCUGCGCUUCCUGGACCUGUCCUACAACCCCAUUACUGUUAUCCAAGGUAAUCUGUUAGGGGACCUCUUGAGACUCCAGGAGUUACACCUAGCAGGGGGGAGUCUGCUACGAAUAGAGCCGGGGGCCUUUAGGGGACUGGCCUACUUUCACACGCUUAAUGUGACAUCCAAUCAGCUCACCACUUUGGAGGAGAGCGUCUUCCACUCUGUGGGGAACCUUCAGGUGCUGCGGUUGGAUGGGAAUCCCCUAGCAUGUGACUGCCGCCUUCUCUGGGUGGUCCGACGCAGACUACGCUUGAACUUUGAUGGACAUCAGCCCACUUGUUCCUCUCCUGAUGCAGUGAGACAGCGUGAAUUCAGAGACUUCUCAGAAAAGGAGCCCCCUAGGCUGUUCACCUGCCGCCCUGCUCGCAUCAUGGACCGCAGGCCGCAGGAGGCAAGAGUAGAGGAGGGCACCACAGUUCUCUUCUCCUGUAAGGCUGACGGAGAUCCAUUCCCAUCUAUCACUUGGAUCUCAUCCCACAAGAAUGUGGUUUCUCCAACAGGAAGAAUAAGAGUUCUGCCCAAUGGUACUCUAGAAGUGCGUUUUGCCCAAGUUCAGGACAGUGGCACAUAUCAGUGCCUGGCAGGUAAUGCUGCUGGCAAUGAUAGCCUGACUGUUGGUCUCUACGUGAAGGGCCUCCCUCGUAACCGAACCAUCCCUUUAUUCUCAGAAGAUGGCUGGGUGGAGCCAUCAAAUCCCCAAGCGGCCAACUCCUCAGCUCAAAUGGCCAAGCCAUACCCAUUUGAUGCAAAGACCCUGAUCAUUGCCACCACCAUGGGCUUCCUGUCUUUCCUCAGCUCAGUGGCCAUCUGUUUUGUCUUCAUGUUCUUCUGGAGCCAGAGCAAAGGGCAGAUCAAGCACACAGCAACUAUUGAUUUUGUUCCUCGGUCUUCAAUGGGUGGAGGAGGAGGGGAUGGGGGUGAUGGUGGCAGGUUUACCAUGAAACUUAUUUAAAGCCAAGGAAGAUGUGAAAGGGGUCUCAAUAUUGACUGUGACUUCUUCCCAUUGGGACACUCAAGGACAGAGACCUCUAUUCAAAGUUGUCUUUUAGAAGGCAAAUCAGAGCCAGUUUGUUGGACUUGCACUAAUCCUCUUCUAAUUUAAGAGCUGAAAGUUACAUCUCAGCACCCACUUGGCUGUGUUAUCUAACUAAUGAAUAUCUCAUGAUCCUGGAAUAGAAAGAUGUUAACAGACUGUAGGCAGAGCUGUCUUGUGGUAGCUGUGCAUUUGCUUUCAACAACUUGUACUUUGAAUAAGCAAAUGACCACUUACCCAGCACUGGUCUAACUUUUUAUGUAGCAUGUAAUUAAGAAAUAGUUCUACUUUUCACAGAUUACACAGAGAGAUUUUGAGUUUGACACAUUUGUCUGACGUUUCUGCAUUGUCAAAACAUAUCAGGUGCUUGUUUAAUCGUCCGUAUUGUAAAAAUGUGCUCAGCUUUAUGUCUUCACUUGCCAAUACAAGCCGAGUGAACAUUUGACCUUUUGACCCUUGGGUUGCUAUUUUUGCUCACCAACAGAAGAUCAUGUCAAAGACUGUCAAUUCAGCACUGGCUGUAAGACUUUAACAUGUGAAUAUGUGACUAUAAAGCUUUUGAUACUUGCAAUAAAUAUAUGGAAUAGACUAGCCAAAUCAUUUCUAAUUCUCAACGUUAUGGUUAAAUUUUGAACAUUUUGGAGCUUGCAGUAUGUUUCACAAAUGCUGCACUGGGGACAUGCUUUCUGUUAUGGGUACAGCUUACUUUAAACAACCAUUUAACAGAGGACAGAUGGCAUACCAUAAUGUACAUAGGAAUGUAUCCUUUCCCAAUUCAUACUUAAAUCAAGUUUGUCAGGUCCAAAUUGGAUCACUGUUUUUCUUUUGUACUUUAUAUGUAAUUACAUUAGAUGACUCUUUGUUCCAUUGAUUUCUCCUUUUUUUUAUUGAAGAAAACUUUUUCUUUUUUUUUACCCACAUAAAACACAAAUAUGUGCCUCAGUAACAUUCUCACCAUUGACAGAGAGAAUGCUCACCUGAUCACCGUUAUCUUGUAAAUAUUUAGGUCAAGGGCGUUUGUGUGCGCUGGGUUUAUUCUUUCAUUUUAUCUAGUUGUGGGGAUUAGUGUCACUCAAAUACGCCGCUCUUGUUGUGUAUAAACGUAACUGUGUAGAUGCACAAUGCACAAAGUAAUGCUUUAUUAUGCCAGGAAAAGAGGAUGUAAAAGAUGAACACACACACACACACACACAAACACAGCUUUGACAAGUUUGUUUCUAAUUUGCCGUCUUGAUCAUAAAUGACUGUUUUUUCACUUUAUGUUAUUAAAUACACAUAUUUGAACCUG